AUGAUCAACACCAUGACCAAACUCUUUGCGCUCGCUGCCCUCGCUGUUUCCAGCGCCACCGCAUCCGACGUCUAUACGACCUUCUCCGGCCAGAAUGGUGACAUUGCUCCCAACUUCGACAUCUCCAACACGGGCUGCUUCGCUGCAGAGGGCGCCACCAUGGUGUCGUUCAGCCAAGCCGGCGGCAGCACCUUCAACGGACCGUACUGCCUAAGUGCGUGGAAGGACGGUGCCUGCCCUGGCGAUGCCACCGCGAAGCAGGGCUUCUCGAGCCUCCACAGCGGCACCAAGUACAUGCUCAACGACGACAUGUCGUUUACCGGCUCAUACAAGUGGUCGCCCGAGGGAUGUUAA